AUGUAUUUAUUGUAUCAAACUGUGAUCCAUUGUUAUUCUUCAUUAGGUGAUGAGUCAUUGAUAAUCAGUACUGCUCUCACUCGGAGUCUCUACAGUGGUAAUUCUGGCUUUAAGGAAGUCUACAGGAAAGAAUUAUUAGAACAUUUAAAAACUGACCCUCUUCUCCAAGACCUUCAUGAUGCUGGAAUGGCCGACACCUCUCGACUCAAUGCCCCUGCAAUAAUUGCAGAUUGUCCAUAUUUAGGAUCUUGUUCUCAUAUAUGUGACUUUGGUGGUGGACUGGGGUCAUUCCUGUAUGCUGUACUCAGUCAUUAUGAUUUUAAGAUGAAAGGAACUAACUUUGAUCUACCUGAUGUCAUUGAUAAUUCAAAAGAUUAUGUGAAAGGUAUGAAUGUUGAGGAACACAUUUCACUUGUGUUUAUUAAUUUUACUGACAAGCUUCCACAAUUUGAUUGUGAUUGUUACAUUUUAAAGGAUAUUCUACAGAAUUGGUUAGAUGAAGAUGCUCUGCUGAUAUUAUCUAAAGUUGAAUCAGUUGCUAAGAGAAAUAAGAGUCGUCUUGUGAUUAUUGAGAACAUGAUGUUUAAAAAUUUGUAAAAGAUCAAAAUUAAA